CCAAAAACUUGAAGCAUAAUCGUGUGGCCUUCCCGUGCAAAUUGCUUUUGUUUUCGAUUUCACUAUCAUCCAUGGCGAGACCUGAUAGUGUGAAAAUGCUUGUACUAACAAGUCUGUUGUUAAUUUUAGACAAUGCGUGCGUGUGCUUGUGCAGGAACAGAAGCUCAUCCACCAUUUGCUUUGAAGAAGAAAGGGAGGCUCUGCUCCAGUUUAGGCAAAGUUUCUCAGACGGACCUCACAUCCUUUCUUCUUGGAACGGCGAAGAUUGUUGCCGGUGGACGGGAGUAAAGUGCGACCGAGCAAAUGGACAUGUCGUCAUGCUCCAGAUCACAUUAGGAAGUGAAUACCCAAUCCAACAAACCUUUUUCACAGCUAGUGAAUUGAACUCUUCUCUGCUCAACUUGAGAUUCUUGAGAUCCUUAGAGUUGAGUGGUGGGUUCUUUUUCGGGAAUGCGAGCAUGCCCAAAUUCAUUGGCUCGAUGAAGCAGUUGAGGUACCUAAACUUGUCCAACUCUUAUGGUUUUGCAACUAUUCUUCGUGAAUUGAGAAAUCUCAGAGAGUUGGAAGUCCUUGAUCUCCGUACUUAUUCUGACGAGAGUGUUGGCAAAGACAUUCAGUGGCUUUCGCAUCUUCAGACAUUGAAGUACCUCGACAUGAGCGGCCUGAAUAUUGCCGGAUCUGGACACCUCAUGCAGGUGAUCAGCAGACUCCCAUCUUUAUCACAUUUGAGCCUAUCAGAUUGCGGCCUUCAUAAACUUCAUCCAUCUUUUGAUCUCUCGAGCAAUUCUACUUUUCUUCAUCUUCAGUAUCUCGAUCUGUCAUUGAAUUUUUUCCAAGGUCCCAUCCCAAGCACUACAUUUCAAAAAAUGACUUCUCUCCAACACCUUGAUCUUUCAUGGAAUUUUGUCAAAGGUCCCAUCCCGAGCGCUAUAUUUCAAAAUAUGACUUCUCUCUGGCAUCUUGAUCUUUCAGAGAAUCGUUUCAAAGGUCCCAUCCCAAGCACCAUAUUUCAAAAAAUGACUUCUCUCCGGCACCUUAAUCUUUCAGGGAAUCUUUUCGAAGGUCCCAUCUCAAGCACUAUAUUUCAAAACACGACUUCUCUCUUGAACAUCGAUCUUUCACAUAAUCUUUUCGAAGGUCCCAUCCCAAGCGCUUUGUUUCAAAACAUGACUUCUCUCAGGACCCUUGAUCUUUCAAAAAAUCUUUUUGAAGGUCCAAUUCCGAGCACUAUAUUUCAAAGCAUGACUUCUCUCCAGCACCUUGAUCUUUCAUGGAACCUUUUGAACUCCUCAGUACCAAGGUGGUCCGGUAACUUGAGAAGCCUUGUCGAUCUCAAUCUUGAAGCAAAUCUUUUGCAAAGUAUUGAAGGAGGGUUGUUCUCCUUCUUAAGGGACAAACCACACCUCGAGUCACUAUUGUUGGGCCAUAACAAACUUCAUGAGGACAUAUUUUCAGUCGAGGGAAAUUCUUCGGGGCUUAUCGGGAAAAACUUGGAGCGAUUGGAGAUAAAUAAUAAUUUUCUUGGGGGAGCUUUUCCAGAUUGGCUGGUGCGCUUGGAAAACCUGACGGUGCUUGACCUAUCGUAUAAUCAAUUAUCAGGGAAUAUUCCAGAGGCAUUAGGACAACUUCAAGAUCUUGACCAUUUAGAUCUUUCAGCAAAUUCCCUGAGAGGAACACUUUCCGAAAUCCACUUCUCCAAACUCUCGAAUCUAUCCUACUUAGAUAUCAGCGACAACCAAAUAAAUGGAUCUCUUCCGAGGUUUUCUUUUAAUGUGUACUCGUUAGAUCUCUCUCACAACUCAAUCUCAGGACCUAUUCCGCAAGAUAUUGGCCUAGGGAUGCCUCAUUUGGAUUACUUGUAUCUGAAUGACAAUCUCUUAAGCGGUCCAAUACCAACCUCAUUAUGCGAGAUAGAAUUUCUGGAGGUGUUGCACCUUGGAAGGAAUGAAUUAGUUGGCGAAAUUCCUGAAUGUUGGAAGGAGAACCCUCUCAUGAGUCUCCUUGAUUUAUCAUCCAACAAGUUGUCCGGAGUCAUACCGAGUUCUCUGGGAAAUUUAACUGUGCUUGGGUCAUUACACUUGAACAACAACAGUCUCCAUGGAGAAAUUCCUGUGACUAUGAAAAAUUGCACGUACUUGCUGAUUUUGGAUCUUGGCGAGAACAAAAUCUCUGGCAGUGUUCCACACUGGUUUGGACCAAGCUUUCAGUUUUUGCAGAUUCUUAGACUGCGAGAAAACAUAUUCAAUGGUAGUAUUCCUUCACAGCUAUGCUUACUCCCUGCACUGCAAAUAUUGGACCUAGCGGUGAAUAAUCUCACAGGAAUGAUUCCAAAUUGUCUUGGCUAUAUGAAAGGUAUGAAACUGCACACAAGUAUAGAUGAAGGUAACUCACUAUCCCCUGCUUCGGAGCCUGCACCUCCCAUGUUUGGACUGGCGGCUGACAUUGCUCCAACAUAUUGGGAUCAAGAGCAUGUGGAGCAGAUCAUGAAGGGGAUAGUCCUUGACUACACAACACUUGAUCUCCAGCUUAUGGUCAAUUUAGAUCUCUCAAGCAACAAAUUGAUUGGGCCGAUCCCUGGAGAACUUACCUUGCUCUCUGGAUUGCGAGGCUUGAACUUAUCCCACAACUUUCUUUCUGGAGGCAUCCCAACUAUGAUUGGACGCAUGAAAUCACUCGAGUCUCUUGAUCUUUCGAACAAUCACCUUUCCGGGACAAUCCCACAGAGCUUUUCUGCAUUUACAUCACUGAGCAAACUAAACUUAUCACACAACAACUUCACGGGGCCAAUUCCUAAAGGAAAUCAAAUCCAAACCCUUGACGAUCCUUCCAUUUAUGCCGACAAUCCUCUACUUUGUGGCGAUCCUCUACAAAAGAAAUGCCCCGGCGCGGAGGCCCCUCAAGUGCCAGAAGAAGGUACCCAUGAAGAAAGUAAGCUUGAGAAGGCGAUGUUCUACGUGGUCAUAUUGCUCGGGUUUGCGACUGGGUUUUGGGGAGUUAUCGGAGUUUUGGUGUACAAGAAGAAUUGGAGAUGCGCCUACUUCGACUACGUGGAUCGGAAGAGCGACGGCGCCGAGCGAGAGGCAAGAUCGUAA